CCACUUUCGGAGGAAAAAAUCGCAAAGGCCGCUGAAAGCUAUCGUGCCCAGGAGAGAACAAUCGAACUUGGCUUUAAAGGGCUCAACAACCUUGAGCAGGUUCAACUGAAGAACUCAGAUGCAUUACCAAAUCGCACAUUCGCGGGAGUUGGAGCGGCGGAGAUGUGUGAAUCUGGACGAGCUCAGUGUGUCAAAGCGUUUGCGAGGAUUCGUCCGUUGAUCGUGGUACGACAGGAUGAUUCCCUUCAAAUUUGCAAAAAAGAUCAGAGGCACGGUCUACCCCAAAACUACAUCGCCCAAGCAUCACCUGAUGUCAUGCAUCAAUUCAGAAAAACCAUGUCCACAGUGAUGUCGGCCAUAUUCUGUUUUCUUGUCCGCGAAAAGGAAUUCGUAGAUGCCGGUCGUAGUAUCCUAAGGGAAUAUCCUGACAUCAGGUGA